AUGGCGAGUGAUCUUAAGCUUGUUCAAUAUAACUACAACCCAAAGCUAUCAGCUCUCUUGAACUCGAUCUUUUUCAUGUCGACAGUAAACGUGGCUGGAAAAACACUUGUUUAAGUGGCAUCCAAGUUAAAAGUGAGCACUCAAAUAAAGAAGUGGAGACCAAGUGAUCAUUUAAGGUUCAUGGUUAUGUUAAUGACUUGGGUCACUGUUUGGGUACUUAGGGUUUUAAUGGAUCAUUUCCCUCUUCCCAUGAAUUUGUCACCUCAUUAUCUUCUUAAUAGCUUUUCCUCCAUUGGAUCAUCAUUUCCUUUGGCAUUUCCAUCAUCAUCAACAACAUGGUACUUACAUAAUGAGAUACCAGCCACGUCAAGAAAAUAGCAAUUUGCAAUGGCAAUGGCUGUCAAGAUCAUGGAUGGAAACUUCAGAGAUGGCCAUAUGGAACUUGCAGAAGUCAAUCGGAUGGCUCUUUCUUCCGCAUUUGCACGUACACUAGGCCUUCUAUACCAAUAUGUGCAAAACCCUCAAGGCUCAGAUGAUUCUUCAUCAACUUGGACUUCACGUGUCAUUAGGUCACUUCCAUUAGGGUCCUACAUUGCAUCUUAUUUUAAGGGCACGAGUAAUUGUUUGAGUGCUGAUGUAAACUGUUGGGAAUUGCAGGUGGCAGUUGGUGCUGGUUUUGAAGAGGCGGAUGAUGUGGUGGCAGAGAAAUUGGCACAGGAACUUCUUUGGAUAACUAAUAAACUUAGGGAUUAUGGAGCCGUGGAUGAAGCUCUGUUGCAAUAUUGGAGUUAUGCCUCUGGUCUUGCUUCUCUUGCGCUCAGUACUGCUAACCCUAGGGUUCAAGGUUACAUCGCCAAGAUCUCAGAAAUUUGUUUCCAUUCAUAA